AUGACCGCGUGCGUAUUCACUGCCCCCGAGCCAAAGUCGUCGACGUCUACAAGCGUGGAGACCGGGAGUACCGGCGUCAACGUCUUUGACCGCCGGCUUUUGGCUAAUACAAGUGGCAGUGGCAGUGAUGAUGGCUACGAGCUGCUGGAGAUCGAGUUCCCCGGUGCCGUCGCGAUCUCGACAGCCGUGAAUGCACUGUCUUUGCUCGGCUUUGCCUUCAUCCUCACGACGUACCUGCUGUUUCCACCCGUGCGGAAACAGCACUCGUCGCUGCUCGUCUGGGUCGCGCUCACGGGCAUGCUCUUCCAUGGGACGGUCCUCACGCAGACGACUACCGUUUACGGCACUUGCUGCUCCACGGCUUCGGUGGUGCAACUCGCGUUGCUCUCGCAUGAGCUCUAUUUCUUUGCACUGGCGUUCAACUUUUACUUCACGACCAAGUACCCGUUCCGAUCGUCACGGUGGCUGAACCCGCUCUACCAUGUCGCCGUUUGGGCGAUUAGUAUUGCGGUUGCAAUUGUGGCCUGGCAUUUGGGCACGGGGCGAGUCAGUUCUUAUGGCUAUUGCUGGUACGCGUCCGACUACGACGGUAUAAUCGGCAAUAGCGAGUUCAUUCUGCUGGAAAUCUUUUUCAUCCCAAUCUCGGCUGGGUACUGCGUCAGUAUUGGCUGGUACAUCUUAGCAACGAAACGAGUGCGGCUUACGAUGGGUGGCAGUGCCAAAACUCGCACGACGCUUGAUUCUAUGCGUUGUUUCUUGUUCUGGAGCUUCUCGCUGUGGGUCGUUGUGACGAUCCCGUACAUUCUGCGGCAUCGCAAUGUCGUCGCAAAAAACUCAGCGGGCGAAAAAACGUUGCGCUUCUUAGGACGUGUGGCCAUCGCGUUUUUGGGCACCGGUAGUGCACUACUUUGGACGAAAUCAAUGGGCGUGCUCAAGACAUUUAAGAUGUGGCGCCAGCGGAAUUGGGAUGACUACUUCAAGGUCUAUGAUGCCUCUUGGGUACUGCGUCGCGAAAUAUUGUACUUCGCCACGAAGGGGAUUCAGCUUGGCGCUAGUAGCGCGAAGGGAGUGCAGGAGCACGAUAGCGUCAAUCCGAAUGCAGAAUCGAUCUUCUCUUUUACGCAACGCUCAGGCAUUUUCCCCUGGCAGCUUCGACUAGGAGCUAUAUCGCAGACGCCAAGUGUGCUCUCAUUUGAGCUAGAUGGUGCCACAUCCGGCCAGAAAGCUAUCUUUCGUGACUUCGAACCUGAAGUCUUUCACGAAAUCCGACAGAUGUCCGGGAUCACUCGCGGGAGCUACAUUCAAUCGUUUAAGGGCAGUACGCGCGAGCGGUUCAGUGAAGGAAAGAGCGGGUCGUUCCUUUACUAUACUGGUGACCAGAUUUUUAUUCUCAAGACGUGCACACCUGCUGAGCAGAAAUACCUGUUGUACAUUCUGCCUCAGUACAUGGCACACCUUCGUCGAAACCCGAAUAGCUACCUAUGUCGGUAUGUGGGUUGUCACGAACUAGUGAUGGAGCAUCACUCGGUGCUAUUUAUCGUGCUGACCAACAUUUUGAACAACCCGAGCGUAAACAUUGACGAGCUGUAUGAUCUCAAGGGCGCUUGGGUCGGUCGGCACCGCGGUGACUCACCUACCGGAACACAGCGAGUGUGCAAGUUCUGCGGUCACGAUUUUGUGGUAGGCAUGUCUGAAGAAGUGUGCUCUCAGAACCCAACUGCUGGGUUUGGUCAUGCGGAGUUUGUCGUGGGCAAAGAUCUAAAUUGGUCGUGUCGCCGACUUGGACUUCACACUGACGUGGCUGAGCAACUGGGGAGUCAGUUGUACGCCGACACGGAGUUCUUGCAGCGGAUGAACUCGAUGGACUACAGUUUGGUAAUUGGUUUGAGCCGCCACAAAUCGUUCAGCUCUCAGACUGGCGGUGGAACUAUGCUGUCACGGAGCGUUGGUCCAGCUGUGAAGGAAAAGCCGUGUGUGAGUGGAAGUAGUGGUGACGAGGCAGGUUACUUGGAGUCGUCAAGCCCCAGUGGUGCGACCCUUCGAGGGAUCAAUCGUCCUGCGGGCAAUACGACAACCUUUUCUGCAGACGCGUGUGUCGUAAAUAUGGGCAUCAUUGACAUUUUGACCCCGUGGUCAUUCAAAAAGAGUCUUGAACGAUGGGUGCGUGUACGGCUUCAGUGUCGCGACAAAAAGGGAAUUUCUUGCAUGAAGCCCAUCCCAUAUGCAGACCGCUUUCGCCGCAAUGUAAUCGAUACGGUCAUCUUUGGUCGCUAUCUAGGCCCUAAGCGACGCCACCUGGAGAAACAGCAAAAAGAGUCGAUUAUGGUGGAUUUCACGAGCGUGUCCAUGGACGUAAACUUCUCGAUAGACAUCGCGAACCUGUCUGUGGAUACGUCCAAUCUCUCCAUGGAGAUAUAA